AGGGCAGGGGCGGGGUCACUAUUUGAGCAUUCAUUCUCCAAAGUCACACGUGAUACGCUGCAGUUCCAGGCGGUUUGGAUCUAUCAUAGAGAGUGGAAGGACUAUGGAGCUGAAGGUGCGGCUGUGCGUGCUGCUGCUAGCACUGAGCGUGUGCGUGAUACUACAUGCGCGGGCUCAGGAAGAGGAUGAAGACGAGGACGUGAACGUAGAAGACGAUCUGGUUGACCUGGGAGGAGAUGAAGAGCUGCUGGACGGCGAGGGAGAGGUUGACCUUGAGGACGAAGAGAAGCCGACGACCACUGCGGCAGCACCUAAAGUGACGUAUAAAGCUCCAGAGCCAAAAGGAGAGCACUUCUUUGCUGAGUCAUUCGAUAAAGGAACACUGGACGGGUGGGUGUUAUCCCAGGCAAAGAAGGACGACACUGAUGAGGAAAUCGCCAAGUAUGAUGGUAAAUGGGAGGUUGAGGAGAUGAAGGACACAAAGCUGCCUGGUGAUAAAGGCCUUGUACUGAAGUCCAGAGCCAAACAUCACGCCAUCUCCGCUCUGUUACUGCGACCUUUCACCUUCGACACCAAACCCCUCAUCGUCCAGUAUGAAGUGAACUUCCAGAAUGGAAUCGACUGUGGCGGAGCCUACGUCAAACUGCUCUCCCAGAGCGCAGACCUCAACCUGGAUGAGUUUGUGGAUAAGACCCCAUACACCAUCAUGUUUGGACCAGAUAAGUGCGGCGAGGAUUACAAGCUUCACUUCAUCUUCCGUCACAAGAACCCCAAAACGGACGAGUACGAGGAAAAACAUGCCAAAAAGCCUGAUUCAGACCUCCGCACAUACUACACGGACAAGAAGACCCACCUGUACACGCUGGUGUUAAACCCAGACAACAGCUUUGAGAUCUUGAUUGACCAGACGGUGGUCAACAGUGGAAGUCUGCUCAAUGAUAUGACCCCUGCAAUAAACCCUCCCGCUGAGAUUGAAGAUCCCGAUGACCACAAGCCUGAGGAUUGGGAUGAGAGACCCAAGAUCCAGGACCCAGAUGCAGUUAAGCCUGAGGACUGGGAUGAGGAUGCUCCAGCUAAAAUUAGUGAUGAAGAUGCAGUGAAACCUGAUGGCUGGCUGGACGAUGAACCCGAGUACAUCGGUGACCCUGAUGCCAUCAAACCAGAGGACUGGGAUGAGGAUAUGGACGGUGAAUGGGAGGCGCCUCAGAUCCCUAACCCUGCCUGCGAGUCUGCCCCAGGCUGUGGAAAAUGGGAAAGACCUGUGAUUGACAACCCCAACUACAAGGGCAAGUGGAAGCCACCAAUGAUCGACAACCCCAACUAUCAGGGAGUGUGGAAGCCCCGGAAAAUCCCCAAUCCUGACUACUUCGAGGAUCUGCAUCCGUUCCGCAUGACACCUGUCAGUGCCGUGGGCCUGGAGCUCUGGUCCAUGUCCUCGGACAUCUUUUUCGACAACUUUUUCAUCACAUCAGAUCGCAACGUUGCUGAUAAGUGGGCAGAGGAUGGCUGGGGUCUGAAGAAAGCCGCAGAGGGAGCAGCUGAGCCUGGUCUUGUAAAUCAGAUGAUGUCUGCAGCAGAAGAGAGACCCUGGCUCUGGGUGGUCUACGUCCUGACCGUGGCUCUUCCCGUCAUCCUUAUCUUCGUCUUCUGCUGCACUGGCAAGAAGAAGCCAGCGACCUCUGCUGCUGAGUACAAGAAGACUGACGAGCCUCAGCCUGAUGUGAAGGAGGAAGGAGAAGAGGAAGAGGAGGAGAAGAAGGAAGAAGAGGAGGAAGAGGAGGCCAGAGAUGAAGAGCCAGAAAAGAAAGCUGAUGCAGACGAAAGCCCUGCAGAAGCAGCUGCACCAGAGGAAGCGGAGAAGCAGGAAGACCAAUCAGAUGAGAAACAAGAGGACGAUGUUCUGAGGAGGUCCCCGAGAAGCAAAGCGAGAGUUAGAAAGGACUGAUGGACACUUGCUGCAUCUGCUCAACCGCAGCCCCUCUUCUGAGUCUCCCUUGUCCCUGACUUCCUCCCUCCCCUCCAUGCCUUGCUUGGUCUCUCCUUUUACCCUUGUUCUAUCCUCCUCUGGUCUUCUGCUCAGUCUUCACACAAGUGAUUACAGAGAGAAAGAAACGAAAUGGUCCAACGCAAGAAAUAUCGCCACUUCGGACUGGUGUGAGGAGGACGAUGAAGAUGAUGAUGAUGAUGAUUACAACCAUAAAUAGAGUAGAAACUUUUCUUUUGUUUUACUAAAAAUAAAAGGAAGAAACAUAAUUCCUUAAACGUGCUGAUGCUAAUGUAAAUCCCGCUUUCUGUCCUUUUCCCAGCUGUGUCUGUCCCUCUCUCUUUGUCUCUCUCACACACACACGCGUGCACGCACUCACUCGCUGGCUUCCAGCUGGCAUCUUGCUACUCCUAGCUUAAUUCGGAGCAAGCGUCAAAACGUGGCAACACUACAGAACCAUGCUUCAGACUUGGAUUUUAAGCAGACAGGCUCAUGAAUGUGAUUUAAGGAGAAAUCAGAGGUUGUUCUGAUGGCCUUCUGGAAAUGUCCAUGGCAAGGAAGGAAGGUUGAUGGGAUGCGACUAUAAUCAGUUCUGUCGUCAGAGCCAUCUACUUGGGUUUUAAGAAAGAAGCCCGUAUGCCACCUUUACACUCGAUCCUCAAAGGUUUUUUUUGUUUGUUUCAUUUCUUGCCAUUUCAUAAUGUGGAGAACCCCUUUGUACUUGCACUGUGGGGUGUCCACAGACAUUUGUUAGGCUUUAGUUUCUAGUGCGCUGCCUUAUUUGUCAAAUGCAGUUAGUUUGUUUUUUGUGAAUGUACUUUAAAAAAAUAAAAUAAAAAUUCCAUUCUACUUGCUUGUUGCUAAUAUAGAAUUUUGCUUUAUAUUAAAUUGUGAGUUUUCAUUUUUUUUUUUUUUCCUGUUUGAACUUGUAAAGUGGUGUUGUGGUUUUUUUUUUUUUUUUUUUUAAAGCAGGGGAACAAACGCAACACAACAUGGCUGACUGCCCAUGUAGGAAGGGUUAUAGUUGGAGAGGCUGAAAACUGAGAGUAUUUCCAUGCUGUAAACUCGAAUAUGAAAAAACUCCAGCAGGAAGGCUCAUGUCCUUGCCUUUGGUGAAGAAGUCUCUGUGCUGCUGCUUUCUUUUUUACAUUGGUGCCCUUAGUCAGCCAUCGAACCAGCUCUGACGAGUGACUCACCUCGCCUCACUUCCUAUGACGACAUCCUGUCCUAGCAGCAACAAAGCAAAUGCUGCUUUACCCCUUUUUUUCCCUCUAAAAAUAGCGUUUUCAUUCUGUACAGUAGAGCAUUCUGAGGCAGUUUUGUUCCAAAAAAUAAGUUUCACUCCGAAGACAGACAUGAAAAUGGCACUGACGUGGCACCGAUCUGCAGCGCACUAUUCCGUCGCUGCCGAAAGACUCUGAAAUUUAGAUUUUAUUGAAGUUGCUAACCUCCACAGUCCACUCGCCAUCCAAAGAAGUGGAGGAUGUUGCUGAUAUUAGUUACAUCUUGAGCUUUCAAAGAGCUGGCACUUUCUCAAGUAAUGGAGUCCACCAUGCAGAUUCACAACUACUACUAUCCUGCUGCCAUUCUUAACACCUCCCCCCUUCUCUCUCUCUCAUUUUAGUUUCUGAAUAUUUUAUUUUUAUUUUUUAUAAACCAAUUCACAUACAUUUAUGUUGGCCUAACAUGGAUAAAUGUGCAUAUGUGAAGAAUGAUGGAAAUGGUAGUGUGGUGAGAUUAAGAACGUCAUGUGAUUUGAGACUGUAUAUUUCAGGGACUGGUGUGGAGGUGUGGCUGGGGGGGGUUUCAAAAUCCAUCAUGUUGCAGUACUUAGAAAACUAAACUAAAUGAAUUCUAUUAAAGAUGAAUGACUUUUCAA